AUGACGCCCGAAGAGAUUCAAGGCUACCUCAAAAGCCUCGUCGCGCCUCUGCGGAAUCAGAUCCCCACCCCUCUCCUUCAUAACCCCUCCGAAGCUGGGCUCAAGUACGAGGAUGUUUUCUUUCCUUCCGAAGACGGCACUCCGCUUGAGGCCUGGUAUAUUCCAAAGCCCGGCUCAGACAAGCUGAUCAUCGUCAACCACCCGCUUCGAUGCAACCGGUCCGGUUUCCCCGCCCACCUCGACCCCUGGAAGGCUUUCCUCGGGGGCUCCGCCACGGGAAACGACUAUGAGCUCAAUUUCAUCCCCGACCUCAAGAUCCUGCAUGAUGCGGGCUACAAUGUUCUCGCCUACGACAUGCGCAACUUCGGCAACAGCGGAGCGGCCAACGGCGGCAUCUCGGGCACGGGGCACUUCGAGUCCAGAGACGUGGUUGGUUCACUCAACUACGCCCGCAGCCGCGAGGACACCAAGAACAUGACGAUUGGGCUCUUCAGCCGUUGUCUUGGCGGCAUCGCGACCUUCUUUGCUGUGCACCGCCGGCCCGACGUGUUCAAGGACGUGCGCUGUCUCCUGGUUCCCAACCCGCUCUCGUACCGGCCGUUUGUGGAGAGGGCGCUGGAGAUAGCCGGGCUUGGUUCAGACCGCUUUGAUGAGGUGAACUGGAUGGUCAAGAUGGAGUCAAGCUUCGACAUUGACGAGCUGUCGCCCAUACCAAUUAUGAAGAGCAUCCGGAUCCCGACGUUCAUCUACGCGGUGCGCAACGACAUCUUGACCAAGGAGAGUGAUGUGCAGACUAUGUACGACUUGAUCCCCAUCCAGGACAAGAAGCUGCAUUGGGUCGACGGAACGGUCCGCAUGAAGGGCUACACGCACUUUCAGGAGAAUCCUCAGAUCUUUGUUGAGUGGUUGGCUCAGCACAUGAAUUAG